GAGCUCAGACCUCCUCGCUGUCUGUAUCGAUGAAGUUGUUUCAAAGAUGGCGGAUUUCCUGCCGUCCCGCACCUUCUUAUCUGUAUGUUUCCCUAACUGUCUCCUCACGAGCGGAGAGGCAGAGCAGUUACGGAAAUCUAAAGAAAUAGAUAAGUGUAUUAAUCGAGACAAGACGUACGUAAAAAGGCUAGUAAAGAUCUUAUUGCUCGGAGCGGGCGAGAGCGGAAAGUCCACUUUCCUCAAGCAGAUGCGCAUUAUCCACGGGCAGGACUUUGAUCAGAAGGCGAAAGAAGAAUUCAGAGCUACGAUUUUUAGUAAUGUUAUAAAAGGUAAGUCAUCUCUGAGCACUAUUUGAACUCUUUUCGUGAGGCUGGUGUGUGAAUUCAGGGUGGAAAGAGCACUGAGUUGGUGGGUAGCCAUGCUAGCUGCAGCUGAACCGACUAUAGGGGCACUUUUCUGAGCUCGACAGUCCUGGUGUGGUGAGCUGGUUCUCGACCAAGAAACGCCCGCAUUGUUUGUGUUUGUCUGCACGGUGGGACUGAAGGGGGCGGUGGCGCAGUUGGAGUCAUAAUAUGGGUUUGUUUGGGGUCUCUGAGAUGUUAAAAAUGUUCUUCUUUUGUUGAGGCAAGUCAUAUUAAACCUAAAUGAACAAAGGUUUGGCAUGGUCUCACUUUCCCCGCGGGUGCAGUGAACACCUAAACAGGCCAGUUUGACCACUUAUGGAGGGAAUAUCUCAACAAACCCCUCAAAAUGUGCCUGUUUACUGUAAAUUGAAGUUUCAAUAUAGGGGGGAUCUCCAGUUUAGCCACGGUAUGCUUCCCUUAACCGUGCAUGACAACGAGGCAUGUGCGAAGUGAUUGGGAAAGGCUGUCAGUGCUCAUGUGUCUCAACAUAUGUGAGAUUUACACGAAAAAGACCUCAUUUAAUGUGUGUUUGUAGAGCUGGGACGAUAUGCUUUUCUCCCGAUUCGAUUCUUCUACGAUUUUUGUUUUAUGCCGAUCCGAUUUAAAUCGCGAUUCUACGAUAUUGUCGAUUUUCUCGAUUUUUAGUCAUUAUUUUUAACACCAGUGAAACAGUUGAAACAAAGUACUGAGUCGGGGCCAGUACCAGAUAAGCACAAUAAACUAUAAUCCAUAAACGUAAGGUAACAACCGAGACCUUAUGAGGGGGAAAGAUGCGUCUCGGGUGGAAGUGAGACUGACAUUUUCAGUUCUGAUUAGACACUUGUGUUGAGAUGGCUGUCUGUCAUGAUAGCAUGUACUGAGUCGGGGCCAGUACCAGAUAAGCACAAUAAACUAUAAUCCAUAAACGGAAGGUAACAGGUUAGCUUACGAGCUAAAGUUACUUAGCACAGAUGAAAGUUAAAACAAAGAUGUUUAGCAAACUGUUAAAGCACACAAACUAUCGUCAAAUGAGAAAUCCGAUGCUAUGACUCUCCACAAGUUGUCCUUUGGGUUGUUAUCUUUGUAAUAUUUGUGUUUUUUUUAUCAGAAAGCACUCUGUUCUCCAACACUUAAACAAUCAGCCAGUCGGCCAUGUUGGAUAGGUAAAUGUGACGUCGCAACAACACGAAAUCUGAUUUUCCAGAAGUGGACACACAGUAUGCGAAACUUUAGAAAAAUUGACCGUGAUACGAAAAGAUAAAUGCCGCAAUAUCGCAGGAAGGGAAAACGUCGCUGAUGUGAACGCUUGUAUUGACAGGAUACAGGUUAAAAAAAAAAUAUUGAUGUCGUCCGAAAUAAUCGCACACAAAAAAAAACGUUCCCGGUAUGUAAGGACCUUUAUUCUUAAAUUUAAAAUAAAAAGAUCAAUCUUUGAACAUAGAAAUUGAUUUAAAAAUUGUAAAACAAAAAAAUUGCGAUACUUUCUUCUUCCACCCCUAGUGUUUUGCCUUCAGAAGAGGUAGCAAGGAAGAUUUUCAUCAGAAUUUCAGCAGCUCAUAGGAAUAAAAUCACCUCGCCAGAGCCUCAUGACAGUUUCUCAGAUGACACAAAUAUUUACUCUGGGCUUUGCUGUUUUAAAUGUGAACAAACUGUGUCAAAAAUACUAAGGUAGGGUAUAUUUUUCUUCGAAAUGGGAGCGUUGUGUCAAAGGUAACCGCAUACAGACAUGUAAUCUGUUGCAAAACAGUGAGUCAGAGUUACCAGAGAACAUGUAAGGAAACCCCUAAGAAGAGUGUGUGAGAUUACUCCUACUUGUUUCAACUAUAGAACGGCCUGUUGUCAUUUAAAAUUGGAUUUUGCAGAUUGUUGUCGUUCCCUAAUAUUGAUCUAUAUAACAAAAAGCGAUUGAGUUAUUACAAGAAGAUAUGAGAGCUCUAUUUUCACAGACACAGCCCAGUUGAGGUGGUAUUGUUUCACCAUGGCCUGACUGUAAACGAUAUAGAGGUGGGGGUGUGAUCGCUAAGCUGGUAGUGGAUGUAGCAACAACAGCAGAGGCAUAACAGAGGCGUUUCGUUGGUGUGAAAGAGGCCUUCCUAGUCUUGAGAAUAUGAGGCCAGUGCUGUAAAUACACGUGACACCUCUUUUGCUUCUGUAAUGCCAAAACACUCACAAAUACGAAGACAGCAUAACAAAAUGUCUUCAUAUUGCUGCUGUGUGAUUUGAUGAGGCUUGCGACCAAGGCGGCUCCCCCAAAAAUCCAUGAGAGCAGUCUGAGUUGUAGGCUGGGUGGCACAGCUGGUUGCCUGUAAUCAAUUAAAUCAGUUCAAUUCAAUUCGAUUUGCUAUCAGUUUGAAUCGUACUGAGUUGGAUGCAACUGGAUGGUGUAUAAUUUAAUCAAACAUUCCUGAAACAGAUGGUAACCAUUAGGAAUUGAAAGAUUUAAAGUACGACCUAUUUAUCAUUUAUUUUAAAGACUAUCAAGCAUGACAGAUAUGGAGUGAUGAGUGAAUCUCUGACGCUGGUUUGCAGAAGAAGGAUAAAUUCAAGUGGAGGUAAAAUAAGUGGAGGAUCAGCUGCAUGCUGGUCUUGUUUGCUCAUUUAGAUCAUAGGGACACAUAGGCAUUGUUUUUAGUCUGUGUCUAAUCAGCUACAAACUCGACACAGCAUGUUUAAACAGGACACAGAGGAGCACCAUGUGCCACUGUUUACUCCACCGGGCAUCAGCUAAUCUACUGAGAGCAGGUUCCCUGGAUCAAGAUUUUAUGACAGGGCUACCAACUGAAGGCUCACUAUAGUUUCAUUUUUUAUGAACCCCAAGAGGGUUGGCAUGUGCUGUUCUUCAAGUGAGUUCACAUUGUGCCCCUCCUGCUCCUGCUCCUCACUGUAACUGACACCAAUAAUCUCAGUUAACUACUGAUUCUUCACAGGUGAUUUUCAAGGAAGUUAUUGUUCUUAUUUCAGUGUUUUAGUGGCCAAACAGUCCGAGGAGACCAGUGCAGGUUGCCAAAGAUAAAUCCAAUAACAGGAACAGGACUCAGCUGUUAGAGCUUUUAAUGGUCCAAAAAAAUCAGUUAAAACAGACUCAAAAAAUGCUGAAUAUCAAAUAAUCGGGUUGAUAUAACUGUAAUUUAAAACACCCUGAAUAUGAUAUUUAAAGUGAGUAUAGUGCUCGACUGACUCGAUCUUUGCUCUCAUUCAUCGCUCCCUCUCUGUCUCAGAUACGCAACCACACUCAUGCAUUUAAGUGCAGGAAAAACUCUAGCUGCUAAAUCAGAGAUGGGUAUCAAGGUGGCCUCAGUAUCAGCCUCUCAUUGAAGGAUGAUUUUUCACAUGUAUAUUACUCUUCAUGGUGACCAUUUGAACAAUUUUUUUACCGUUAAUCCCACCAUAUUACUGUAUACAGACAGGCAGGUGGACAGACAGCAGUAAAUGACGAGUAAAGAUAAGAAGCAGCUGUGGAUGAUGGAGAGACAGUUGAUAAGUAAACAGUGUUACUCUGCUUAAACUAAACUAAACGACAUUAUACAUUUUUGUUUUGUUUUUUUGUACGUUAUGUAAGUUGAGAAUCUGAACUUUGAGUAAUAAUUAUAGAGAGGGUGGUGCUUUUUUCAGAUAACUUGAUUCCAUCAAUGUUCCCAACCAGGUUCAGCUUAGCUAAGUGAUCUAGCUGGGUUAUAAGUGAGUGAGCUGUUUGACUCUGAAAACUCUUACUUUGAAAUAACAGACACGAUUUUCCCAUCAGUACCCCCCACAUCCCUUUUAUUUAGAAGACUUAACACAUAUUAUUCAGAUACUAACUUACAGAAAGAGUUUCUUCAUCCCGUGUGUGUUUAACUGUGUGAGGAGGAGCAUGGAUGAGAAGCGACUUGAGCAGAUUUUAGUCAUUAGUGAACAAGCGUGAUUUUAAAUUAGAAAAUAAAGCCAACAUAGAAAACAUAAUAUACUGUCAAAUAGGUUUGUAUGGUUAUAUAGUAGACUGGGGUAUUUAAUAAAGAACAUUGAUCUGUUUCUCACUGCCAAAAAACAGCGGUCAGGUCGAACACCAAGUAAAAAUGCACAACAUUUGUAAUUUGGUGGCAUCUGGGGUUCUUCUGCUCAAAUGUAACUCUUAAUACAGUGGUUCUCAAUCCAGUCCUGGAGCCCCCCCUGUCCUGCAUGUUUUGGCUGUUUCCCUGCUCCAACACACCUGAUUCAAAUGAUCAGCUCGUUAUCAAGCUCUGUAAUGGCUUAAUAACGAGCUGAUCAUUUGAAUCAGGUGUGCUGUCUUAAUGAGACUGUGUGUAAGACUUGCAGGAAGACAACGGCAGCAAAAGACAUGGGGAUACAUAGAAUUUAAGGCACCAUCUAAUGAUCAAUCACCUGCUGACUGUAAGGAUGCUGCAGAGCUCCCCGUGGUGCCGGGUCAAGAUGUAAAAGAGCACUCCGAGCGUGUCGGAGCUGUUAGUAUGUCUCUGUGUAAUGACACAUUUCUUUAUGAUGUGGAAUGAUGUGGUAACCAAUCUCUGCGUGGGUGCAGAUUUACAAACUUUGCACAGAUUUGCAUGUCGCUCUUUUUACGUCCAACCAAUAAUAAUGUAGGCAUCCAGUAAAAUACCUAAAAGUGUAAAUUUCUACUUUGGGUGUGAUGAAGUGAGGCUUCCCUGAAUGAGGUUGUAUGAAUGAACCAAUCAUCUUCUUCACUGUGAGCUCAGGGGGGCUUGUCUCUACACAGGCUGAGGCGAACAAAUAACUAGAGAAAUGAUCUUUUUAUUUGCCGUUGUGUGAUGAUGUCAGAGGGGUUGUGGGGGCAGUUCCACGAUAACGCUUUUUUUUUUUGCAAACAGGGAAGUAAGACUCGUCAGGCUGGAAAUACUUCAGCCAGCUUUAGUCAGAGAGAAGUGACUGAUGCCCGAUGUGGUUAGUCUGCAAAGGAAACUGUUGGUGCAAGUGUUAUUUCAGUUAGAGUAAAAUAUCAGUUAGGGUUGUUUGAGUUACGUGUGCGUGAACAUGCAAAGGAAGCAGCAUUAGAGGUCAUCUGUGACGCACUAUUGAUGUGAUGUUUACAGUUUCUGACCAUAGAGGUGACAGAAAACUGAAACAGACAUUAAAUAGUUCAUUUUCAGUAAAUACAGAUUUGACAAAGAUCUAUUUCUGCACUUUGUUCCCAAUAUGAAGGUAUUCGAGUGUUGGUGGACGCUCGAGAGAAACUACACAUCCCAUGGGGCGACCCGUCCAACCAGCACCACGGGGACACCAUGAUGGCGUUUGACACCCGGUCAGCAAUGGCUCACGGUCACGGCAUGGUGGAGCAAAAAGUGUUUCAGCAUUAUCUGCCGUCCAUCCGAGCCCUCUGGGCGGACGAAGGCAUCCAGAAUGCGUACGACCGCCGCCGGGAGUUCCAGUUGGUGAGUUUGAAAACAUCGUUAUCAGUGUAUCCAUGUACCAGGAUCCUUUCUCUGUUAUCGAUCAGGUUACUCCUUAUUUUACGACAACUUUUCAGAACUUUUUGGAUGUAACCAUCAGGAUGGUCAGAGAGUCGCUGGAGCAUUGUAGGAGUGUACAGAGGAGCAUUGAUUGUAGCAUAUAAAGACACCUCCUCACAGCUGGUGGAGCAGAGCUGCAGCUGCUGAAUGCACAAAGACUGAUACAGACAAGCUGAUGUUGGGCUGUUCUCUCACUGCUUUCUGUUCCUCUGCUCCCCGACACCCUCCCAUCCUGCAUUUCUUACUCUCUGCUCUUUAGCGUAGAUUGUACUUGACAGUGAAAAUGUUCAGAAACUGUCGUGAAGGGAAAUUUCUUAAAGGAGAGAAAUGUAGACUCCCAUGAAUGCAGUUGGUAUAAUUCAUAUUUCUACUAUUCUCAUUGUAUUUGAAUUAAAAUGGUAAAUCUAAUCUGAUGCUGAGGCAAGACAUUGACCCUGAAAUAUUCUCUAAAGCUGUCUGAAUCAGUGCAUGGAUAGGUUUAAUGAUCAGCAGUAUUUGAGUGGUAUUAGUCAUCUCAGUACAAAUAAACCACAGUGAAAGUGAGCAAAUAAAGGACGAACUUUAAAGUGCUUUUUCUUCAUCAAGCAUUGAGUAUACGCCAAGCAUUUAUCUGUCUCUCCUCUGUCCUUCUUUCUCUUCCUCAGGGGGAGUCAGUUAAGUAUUUCCUGGACAAUUUGGAAAAGCUCGGACUGUCGGUAAGUCCUGCCCUCACUGUCCAGGCCCCACCAACCACAAAUCCAGAGCAGGCAUGAUAGCAGAUUGCUGUGAUAGCUUUCAACUCAGUUUGUUAAAAAGAGAAGUCACAAUGUUUUUUUUUUUUUUUCUUGUCCUCAAUCAUUUCACCACACUUGCUUAUUUUUGUGCUUACUCUGUGAAACACGAGGUUGAGCAAAGCUUUCCCAGCUCACUGCGUCCCAUCCUCCAGGUUUCAACUUCUCUCGCUUUGACUUGUACGUACUAUUCAUUUAUCCUCGCCUGACCCGGUGAGGGACUUAACCGUGCUGGUCUCUCCCUGCUUCAGUGUAGUGGGGGUAUUGUUGUCUUCACUUAAAUGGUGGGAUUAUUUUGUAUUCUGUGUGCUUUAAGUACUUCCUGUGUCUUAAAGCCAGCUGCGUUGCAAACUUCCUACAGGAUGGCGACUAUAAACUUGAACUUAAACUUAACCUUGCGUGAUAACAGAUCAGAGCGCUGAGCCGACAGUGUGGCACACACCCAAAAGUGGGGGAAAAACACUUCAGAGACAAGUCCCAGACAAGUCUCUGACACUACUAUAAGACCUAAAAUCAAUUAAUCAAUCUGUGUUUCUAUAGCGACAAUUCACAACAAGUGUUAUCUCAAAACUUGUACUCUAUUAACAAAGACCCACCUCUUGUCAGGUCAGACCCACUAAUAUCUCAUCUUCAACCACAUGAGUAUAACACAUUGCAGCAUUUGGGAAAUUAAAUAGAAAACAUCAUUUAAUUGGUAGAAACCUUGAGCUAGGGCUGGGUGAUAAACCGAAAAUUUUAACGAUACAGGAAGUUACAACAAAAACAAACGUCAUUUUGCCCAGGUCAAUGUAUUCAGUGUCAAAAAUAUAAAUAAAUCAAAGUUGGUUUGGGAUGUGUGUAGGUAGGCUAUGGUCUCAUGUCCCUUUAAGACGCUGUCCUACGUCGGAGACGUGACUCCACCCCAUAACAAAGAGGGUAAGACAGGUGAGGAGAUAUAGGAAGGUUCAAAAGUUGUAGCGGCUGAAGAAGACGAAGUUAAUGUGGGAGGGGGGAGCAGCUUGCAGAGCAGUAAUCGUCGAUUCAUCGUUAUCGAGGUGAACUGCUCAAUAUAUCGUGAUAUUGAUCUGAGGCCAUAUCGCCUAGCCCUACCUUGAGCAGAACCAGACUCAUGUAAGACUGUCAGGUCCAGAGCAUGUAGUCCUAAUUCAUGUAGGCUGCAGGUUCAUAAUUUUACUACUCAAAUAGCUGCAGGUUUUGGGAGUUCUGUCUCAUCCCAGUGUGCUUUCUGGGACUGUCCCUGUGUCAAUAUUUAGAUCUAAAACGAAAAGGACCUGUUUUAAAUAAAAAUUAGAUUGUUUUUCAAAGCUUAGAAACAACUCCUGCAGGUAAGGCAUAUUGACUGAAGAGUGAUCAGCGUACGUACUAUUUAGGACACCAUGUUUUUUUAAUGGUACUUUUUUUUUGUUAUUAUCAUUUGGAUCACUAUAAAAGUGAGUGUCCAAGAUCAUCAUUUAUCAACACUGAGAUUACUAGCUGUCCAUAAGUGACCCUUAAUGUCAGUGUGUUUCUGCUCAGGGAUGUUUCUGUUGCUCGUGCUCUUUCUCCAUGUUUUUGAGUAUACCUUCAGGACAUGAUCUCUGGACUUGACAGUGUGUUUGUGUUUGUGUAUGAGCAGAUCCACACCAGCAUGGUCUGACUCAGGGAUCCAGGGAUGACUCAUUGCCUCAGGAAUGCAAUGAAUUAGGAUCUGGUGGAGCCAGAGCACAAUGACAUGUAGCUGAAGGUUGAUUGAGAGCACUUUUCGAUCAUAUUUGGUCUCUAACAGCUCCAAGUGCUCUUUCUUUUGCUCUAGUAUGAUUAAUGGUGAGUUCUGGUGUCCUCCAGAACUCACACACACACACUCCCUUAAAGCUUCACUUUUGUUUAGGCUUUGUGGUAUUUCAGGAAUGCUAAGGGUUCAGCAGGGAUGUCCCCAAAGCAGCAGCAUGAGGAGUGUGUGUACUGUUUUUUUUAAGUGGAACACAAAGAUCCGCCCUUUCCCCCCUUGACAGUCUUUUUCCUGAUCGUUUGUUUAUGUGUUUGCAGUCACUCAUAUUACUCAUUGCGAUGUGUAAAAUCAUCAUAAACUCGAUCGUUUUCUUGCAGAAUUACCUCCCCAGCCAACAAGAUAUUCUCCUGGCCAGAAAACCUACAAAAGGCAUUCACGAGUAUGACUUUGAGAUCAAGAACGUGCCCUUCAAGAUGGUGGACGUCGGCGGUCAGAGGUCUGAGAGGCGACGCUGGUUCGAGUGCUUUGACUCGGUUACUUCCAUCCUCUUUCUCGUGUCCUCCUCUGAGUAUGACCAGGUGAGUCAGCCGCUGUGAGGCCACACAAGAAACCCUCGCAGGGCUAGAAAAUAGAUGUGUGCGAAUUGUAAAGUGUAUUUAGGGGCAUAUGUGCUCAUAAAAAGAAUUAUCUGAGGCAACAACUGUUUUUUUCAUGUGAAUACUGCGUUGGAAUUAGUUUUAGGUUAGAUAUUCGACGGAUAUUCACUGCGGAUCUACCUAUGUCUUCUCACUCUCUAUAACCAGUAAUAGCAACAGCAGCGCGGUUAAAUCGACUCAGCAUCCUCCCAGGCAACUUCGGAUGUUGAAUAAGGGACCAUCAAUAAAUUACCGGUUGAUGUUCUCAGAAAAGGCAGUUUUCCUUCAACAGCUUCCAUGUCAUGUGACCAAAAGACCUUAAAUUGAUUUCAAAUAAUAGUACUUACGUCGACCAAUAAGACAAACAUUAUUUGAUCAGUUUUCAUUGUGUCCCUAAUAGGGAUGGGAAUUUAUAAGAUUUUAUCGAUAUCGAUGCCGUUAAAGAUUCUGCUUAUUGAUUCAAUUCUUUAACGAUUCCCUUAUCAAUGCCUUUCUUUGAUUAAAAAAAGUAGACUUUAGGUUUUUAAUGUUAACUCAGAUAACAGAAAACAGAUGUAUGCCACCUUUGAUGAGAGGCUAAAAAUAAUCAAACGACAAACUGUUUGUACAGCAUUUACCUGGUCGGUAUGAAGUCAAAUUAGGGUGACAAUAUUCUGGAUCCCCAAAAAGAGGACACAGCUACUUGGGGUAGGGUCGCAUGAGAAAUUUUGAGGGUUUUUCUUGUCAGGCCGAGUGUUUUUUAUGCACUUCUAACUCAGUCCAUGCUACACAAACUCAAAACUUCUAUACAAAACUUAUCGUCUUUCUUAGUAAAAUGAAGCCAUGCUUUAGAUCGUUUCUGCCUACUUUACUUUUUCCUCAGUCUCUGUUCUCGUUCACAUAGACUGCCUCUCACAGGACCGUUUUCCAAAGCACCUGAAAAAAAGGGAUCAUUAAGAGAAUCAUUAAAAUGAAAUGUAAACGAUGUCGAUGGAUUUAACCAUUUGGAACCGUUUUUCAACAAGAACCGGUUCUCGAUUCCCAUCCCCAGCCCUUAAAGUUCUUUGUGUGCUCCUUACUUUUUCAACUUAGGAGCACAUGUGCUCCAUGUUAAAUGAGUCAGUGUCAAGCCCCGCCUCGAGUGUCCCAGUCACCUCUUACCCGAGCACACAUAUUUGUCCUCCUUCAGGUGCUGAUGGAGGACCGGCUGACCAACCGGCUAAGCGAGUCCCUCAACAUCUUCGAGACCAUCGUCAACAACCGGGUGUUCGGCAACGUCUCCAUCAUCCUGUUCCUAAACAAGACAGACCUGCUGGAGGAGAAGGUGAAGCAGGUCUCCAUCAAAGACUACUUCCCAGAGUUCUCAGGGGACCCGAGGAGCCUGACAGACGUCCAGCGCUUCUUGGUCGAGUGCUUUCGCAAAAAGCGCCGUGAGCAGCAGCAGAAGCCGCUCUACCACCACUUCACCACAGCCAUCAACACUGAGAACAUCCGGCUGGUGUUCCGCGAUGUCAAGGACACCAUCCUACACGAUAACCUCAAACAACUGAUGCUACAGUGAGAAGAUGUACGGAGAGGAGGAGGAGGAGGGCUGAGUGGAGGAGGAGGAGUGGGUGUCACGGUGCCUUUCUUAACACACACACACACACUCACCCCAGCCUGCAGGGGGAGCCGGCUGUCACCCUCCAACCAUCCCUCCUUCCUCCUUGACUUUGAUCGACUCCUCAUUUUUGAACUUUGACUGUGUAUUUAACCCACCACUACUACAGCCAACCCCCCCCUCCGUGUCUGCUCUCUGCCUUACUGAGCUUGCUCAUCGUGACUUUUAACAGCGGCCUUUGGCUCAGAGCCCGAACCAUCCUUUGAAAACCACUGUAAAUGACUUUGAACUCCCGCCCUCUACCCCACUGUCCACACUCUGCAGCGGACCUCCCCCCCGAAUAUCCUUCUUUGGAUUUCCUCCUUGUGUGUGUGUGUGUGUGUCGCUCCGACUUAAACUCACACACUGUUCUGUCUUCUUUGCUGCUCCGAUUGCUGUUGUUGUGGGGGGAGGAGGAGGAAGAGGGGGAGGGUUUGUUUUAUUGUUGUGUGUCGUUACUGUGUAGCCUUCAAGGCCACCCGCUCAUGCUGGCGACAUCAGUUGCUGUAGCCAGAUGUUGCCUUUUUUUUUUUUUUUUUUCUUUUACUUCUCUUGUUUUGUCUCUAGUUUCUGCCUUUCCACUGACACUUGGUGACGACAUCACUGGGCUGGGGUGGGGAUUUCCUCCUGAGGCAGCCAGACAGGAAAGAACAGUGCUAACACUUGCGCGCGCACACACAAACACACACUCGCACACACCUACACAAAUAGGAAUUCCUGUUCUCAGAGUCCACUUAAUUCUUUUCUAAUCAUUAAGUUGCAUUUUUUUAAUAUAUGAAUAUACUGUGCAGAAAUGACGCAUUUCUCUUUAACUUAUAUUUUAUAGAGGUUUACCUGUAGUGGAUUUGUGGCUGCUGAUGGACUCUGUGACAUGAGGGGUUUAGAGAGCACGGACACGUACAUGUAGAUCACUUGUAAAGAACGAAACACCGUGUUUUAAGGCGAACUAGAGCUGCCGGGUUAGAAGUAAUAUUUUACUUUUUCUCAGGGCACAUUGUGAACCACUUUGCCAGCUGAAUCUCACGUGCCUCUGACCUCCUCGUGGUCCGAGCGACAGACCUAAACGCGUCUUUCUCUGCGUUCGCCGGCAGAGAAGGAUGAUCCACGGCCAAGGUGAUAAAACAUGUUAAAAAAAUAGAGGGACUAACGGGAAUUGUAAAUUUUUUUUAGACAAGGAAUCGAAUUCAAAACACAAAAGAUGAAGAGAUUUGAUCUAAUGCUGGGUUCGAGUUACCUCGGAAGUCAGAAGUCCGAGCUGAAAAUGACGUCAGUUCCCAGCGUUUCGGUUACCAAGUCGGAAAAAGCAAAAUCAGACAAGAUGGCUACAUCUAUGAAAGUUAUUUUUGCACUUGCCUUGUCCAAAUAUAAGGUAAGAGCUAAAAUAACUUUUGUAGAUGUAGCCUCUGAUUUUGCUUUUCUCCAACUUGGUAACUGAAAUGCUGGUAACUCAAGUGUUGCGUAAUUUUAAGCUCCGACAUCUGACUUCCGAGGUAACUCGAACGCAGCAUAAGCCUCGACAUCCAAACAUCUACUCUGAGUCAGAAACUGUUUAAAGCUUUUGUACAUUUUUAAUGAUUGAAAAAGAGAAGGCAGGUAUGAGCUCGACCAAAAUUCCUCAAAUUUUUACGGCCUCUGUUUCAAAAGUGAACACAGAAAACACUGAUUGAAGCUUUUAUCGUGAUUGGAUCUCAGUAUGUCUGAAGGUGGAGCUUCUAGGAAGCCGAGACGAACCCUCAGGGCCGAUCCUGGUGCUUUAUGACUCUUGUAGUCCAACCGUCUCCCAAAAUGUUGUUUGGCCUUCAAGACGAAUUCCUACUGCCAGUUUUUGUAUAAAAUGAAUGUGUCCUUCCCGGUGACGGGUCCACGAUGUGCUUUUGAAGCACAUCUUUUUUCCUGCAUUGCCAAUAUUUUCAUAUGAAUGGAACGAAGAUGAAGCCCAAUGACAAAUCAUGUGAUGAACUCUAACUAUGCUCCUUUUCUAAAAGGUACCGUUCAGAGCUAUCUGCCUCUCAGUCCAUGUUUAAAAAAGGGAUAAAGCCAGCCUGUAUGCCACUUCUACAUUUGAAGCUGCCCUUACUGUCAUGUUGAAGUUAUGUAUAGUUUACACAAAGUGUCCUCUAACUCCCUGUUUUAUGUCAAAUGCAUCAGUAUCCAUCUCUGACACCGAGCUUACCUUCCUCUCUAACAGCAGCUGUACCCUCCACGCACAUUUGUAUUUGUGACCGUGAGUGUUAGAUUUGGUUUUUCUUUCUUAAGCAGCUGUUUGGUGGCCCAACCAAAAGUGCUGAAAGGCACAACUAUCUCGAGAUAUGUGGAGACCGCAAAAACCAAAUCCCUCCUCGCGUGUGUGUGAAGACGAUAACAGGCGCCACUGGUCCAUGCCGACAUCUCAGCUUAAGUAGAAGAAGGAUGAUAAACCACUCAGAUUCACUUACAAGUAUUUGCUGACUUCAUUUCAACCACAAAGUAUUAACGACUGUAGGAAGUUAGUUUCAUUUUUGACAGAUGUUAGCUGUGGAUGUGAGAGCUAAAGCUAAGACUGAAUGAGAUUGUUAAGCAAAGCCAGUGGAGUGUUAUCAUCUGACACGUCAUCUCCAACAUCUGCCUUUCACGGAUCCAAAAUCAGGUUCACUCUGAAUGCAGCUGUGACCCUCAUGGCCUUGAAAUGAUGACCAAAUUUUUUUAGAUAUUUUCACAAAUGUCACAAAAAUCGUCCAAACUGUGAACAGCUGAAUUGUGGUUGGAAGAAAACCAUUUUAAAGUACCAUCAUCAGUAUCGAUCAUAAGGAGGGGAAGUUCACUGAUCACUGUUUUUACAUCGCUGUAAUGAACAAAGACUUGAACAUGUGAAUUGUUCACUCGUGUUUUUCCUCUGAGGGAGGCUCCCCUGAAUAAAUAAUGCAGACUCGGCUGCCCGGCAGUCUGCUGUCUCUCUUCUGGUUAUGAUAUCAGAAUUUUUUGGACUUUUUGUCGCCCACAAAAAGGCGAGUGACACACUAUUAGUCGUCUUUCUCUACGUUGCAAACGUCAUAUCGCGUGUCUUCCUCUUUCCUCUGGAUGAAUCAGAGUGAAACUAGAUGAACAGCCCUUAACAUCAGGUUUUACAUGACUAGAAAUGACGUCUCUGACAGGACAGCCUUUUUUUGUUUGUUUGUUUGUGUUUAGUCAAUCUGCGUUGUUCAGCGUGUCCUACAGACCAACAAAGAGCCUGCUUUCACUCAAAAUGAAUGUUAGCAUGGAGCAGUGAAGUCACAUGGCUGAUUCUGAUCUGUUUCCUUAACCAGAAAAGAGGAAGUUGACAAACAGGACUGUCGAGCAAACUCGCUGUUAAUUUCUCGAAACCAUCAUCAGCCUGUCUGCAUCUGGAUGAAGCGUCCUCUGUGCGAGUGAGCACGAGAGAGGGGGACAAACGCGCUGUGUCUCAUGCGAAGCCGAGCAGAGGCCUCUUUGUCCGGUUGUCUGACUGUUGUGUCAUGUCAUCACUUCAGCCUGUAGCUCGACACACAGACACGCCAUGAAGUCAUUGCAGAACCUGGACCUUGAGAUGCUCUUUGUCAACACUGAACAAACUUCUUCUGAUACUAAGAAUACAGACGGUGUGUUGUGACACGGGAUAAUAAAGAUGAUCUCAAAUAUUUCAAGUUUAAAAGCAAGAAGCAAUUUUCCAUCUCAGGACUGAGCUUUGUCCAGUAUUUGACCUCGAAUCUUCAUAAUUUUCACUUCAUUCCAGAAAUAAAGGCUGAUUUAUUUUACUGUUGGUAUGUUAAAUAAUAAUUUUGUUAAAUAGCGACAUGUAAAACUAAAACCUGAAGGACUCAUACCCACCCGUUUGUGUUUGUCAUAGCUCUGGAUCCUGAGUAAACAAACCAGAGUUUAGACAAAGAGGGGGGGUGUGAGGCUAAGAGCUGACAGAUGUGAAGAGGUGUAGGCUUUCUUUACAGUGUGUGAACGGUCUCAACCAAUCAGCAGCAGAAAAGUUUGACAGCAGGAGGUCGAUAGGCUGAGGAAGAAACCAAACAUGGUUAGUUUACAUGCAAAGAAUUCAUGAGAAACUAAUGGAUGAGACAUGACAACAGUUUUCUCGCUAAAACCAUGACAUUAGUGCAAUUUAGUUAAAUGUGGUGGUUUUGACCUCAAUCAAAAAUAAAAUGUCUGUAAAUCCAUGAAUCUUAAAAGUCAUCACACAGCCGACUUAAAGGACCCACAUUUUCCCAGAGCACUUCCUAUUAGUGGUUUUUAUGAUGCAACGGUUAGACAAGAAUGUAAAAUGUGGAAAAUCAUGAUCUUUUUUCAUAAAAGUCCUCAUGUAUUUAAAAUCAAAUGUCUGUACUCUCACAUAUUUUUCUCCUUUAGUCUGAAACUGUUAAUGAAAAAAUCCAAAGACCCUCCUUAAAAGAGAAACUGCAGCCAUGUGAACCUGCUCCAAUCACAGCUGAUGUUCAGCUGAUGUGCCCUAAAGCCAGAUUUACUUUUCUGUCACCUUUUUUUUUUACUUGUUGGAAAAUGUAAACCUCAAAAACUGACUGAGACAAGAUGAUCCGAUUCGAAACCACACUUUGAGUUUCCUCCUCAUGCUUGUCUCUCACCUCUGUGUCAACUUUGUCAUUGUUCCCAAUCUCUGGGCUUUUUAACAUCUUAUACUGACUGUUCUGUGUAUGAGUCAAUGUAGACACAUAGUCACAAUCUGCCUUUCAGCUCCCACACGGACAUGUCACCAGAUCCCGUGGGGGCAUGGGAAAAAGUUCUAGCGACAUGUCCCAUGUGACUGUCGUCCGUUUCUGUGAUUUGAGUGUAAAGAGGAACUGGCCGUGUUCGAUGAUGGACAACAUUCCUGUUUUUGCCUUAAACUUGUACUCUCGUGUCUCUGCUAUGUGCUCUUGUGUCCGUACUGUGGAUCUUAACCGAUCAGUGAAAACGUGUAAUAAUGUGCUCCACUGUAAAUACUUAUCCAAGGAAACCAGUAUCACCUUAAACGGUUCGAACUAUGCAACAAAAGUGUCCCACAGCCAUUUCUGUGUCUAAUAUUAUGUUGGAAAUAAUCUUGUUUGAACUGACCGAUGAUUCUCUUAAAUCGAUUUGUUUUCAAUCAAAUGAGCAAAAAUGAGAACCUCAAAUGAUCUGCCAAAUGUGUCCAUGUUUAGUGCCUCCUUUCUCCCCGUUCUGUCUCUAUUGUGCAGACAUGCUAACAAAGGUUUAUACUGUGUUGUAGGUUUUUGGAAAUGAUGCCGCCUACAGAUUCUGAUGUCCGUGUGUAAAAUACGACGGGGCAUUUCUCCUCCUGGUUUUCUCAUUUGUAGUCACAUGAGCUUUCAAUGUACAGUAACUUAUGCUUUUGUCUUCUAAUCUCCGAGAAAAUACAGUAUUAAAAAAAAACAAAAUAUUUGUCUUUUUCAUCUUAAAAUUAUGUUUUUUUUUCCAUCUGUGUGUGUAGAAGUGUGGAUAGGGAGCCAUGGGUCACAUACUACCCCUGCUCAGCCAGCAGAGAGCGCUGUUUGACUUGACAACAGCAUCAAGUCAUCAGGAAUGAUUUUUCCCUUUCAUUCUCAAGUCCCCAAAUUUUAUCUUCAAACUUAAUUGCAACCUUUGAUCAAGUAGUUUGAAAGAAGCUGUAGUCCACACACAAGGAAAACCGAGGUUCAAGGUGUUUAUUUAGGAAAUACAAAAUGAAAGUAGAACAAAGCAGAACAGGCAGGACCCGCCAGUCAUUCAAUUAGAUAAAAAAAAUCUGAAAAAGUUAUAUAUUAUAAAAUUAAUGUUAAAUUAUCAAUAUGGAAAAGUUAAAUAAAGGUCAUACAGUGAUCGAGGAACUAAACUUCAAGUCAUGUCGUCGUAGGUGGAGGAAUAUUGUCUCUUCUUCAAGCAGCAGGAGUGAUGAUGUGGGAGGGUGCUUCAUGCGGAUUGUGUGACUUUUACACUAUUGUGUGAAUUUAACUGUACAUAAUAACCACAUGGUGACACUUUAAUACUCACAUAGUCAGGGAAUGAGCAUUAGAAGUAUACAUUUCAAAACGAGCAGCCAGUUCAGGAAGUCCUGAAAUAGACAUUCUCUAUCGUGGCCAACAGGGGGCAGCUUUAAGCGACGUCUUGCAGGUUAACAGCGUUAUUUACUCAGCUUACGAGGUCCGUGUCCAAGUCCACACAGCAUGAUGUUCAAUUUGUAAAUCAUGAUUGUAUUUCAAGUAAAACGGACAAAAAAAGUGAGUAAAAGUCACCACCAGAGUGAGGUUCGAAUCAGGAUAAAGGCCCAGAAAUGUAAAAAAACAUAAUACAGGGAGGGCUAAAAUGCCAACAUGGGAUCUGAAAGGUGUUCAGUGUAAACCACAUUUUUAUAUCAUGAUUGCUUUACAUGGUCAUAGGUGAGUCACAGGCGUACAAAAGGAAAGAUGUCAAGUUUCUGAGGCUCAUGCAAAGGGAGAACAUGAACCUCCAGAGUCAGCUGGAAGUCUGUAAUUCACUCUGUUACAUCGAUGAACUGUGAUGCAGUAUUGCUUUACUCACCACGACCAAAUAUGUGCGUAAGACCAGCAAAUAGACGACAUCUGCGUACACAUGACAUGACUACGAUUCAAGUGAAGCUUUAGCAGUGGUGACGUCAUUCUCGAUGAAAAGUGCAUAAAGGGAGAUUGUCUUCCGUUCGUUUUGGUUUUCCCUCGGCAGCUCAAACAGGAAGUGUGUUGUUGUUAUGAAGGAGUGACACCAUGUGCUCGGCAUGGAUGUGUCUUUGGAGUCUGAAGAAGGGACUGCCUCCAUCCUGCGAAGGACUGAGCUUCAAGUUUGUCAGAAUGUUAAGAGUGACACCUGAGAUUUGGAGCCAAGUAGCAGCUGUUGUGGUUUCGUCCUAGUGACGCUGCAGCCUCUUCCAGUGCAAGUUGGUGGUUAGUUAAGAGGUGAUGUCAUGCUGUGGGGGUUAGAUCACAGAGGACUUGUCCUGAUCCACAGCUUGUUUGACCGGACUGUCCUCUGGAGUGAAGUCCACCUCUAAAAAGUCUUGCUGGUCACUGUCCUGAGUUAUUCUCUCCUCUUCGGCUUCGCUUCCUCCUGUCUUCUUAUUCCUGUUUUGGCAGAAUCUAGACUUGGCCGGUCCAACCAGAGCCAGACAGAUGGCACUGAGGCCCAUGCCCACUGCACAGGAGUAGAAGGCAGCACCGUAGUCCUGUGUGACAUCUACCAACACACCUACAGGGGAAAAACAAAAGAGGUGUUAGAAUCGAACAGAAAACAGAUCAGUGAGACCCAGUAAAGGCAGCAAAGGUCUUGUACCUCCUAGUGGUGGCCCAGCCAGCCCAGCAAAGCUCUGGAUGAAGACAUACACCCCCACAGCUGAUGUCAUUUUCUGGAUGCCCACCACGUCCUCCUCUGCCAGCAUCGGGAUGUGAGUGGAGGCAACUGUGCCCAUGAAGAAGCCAUAGAGGGCACAGCAGACCACAAGCCCCCAGAACUCCCAUACUUGAGUGAAGGCCACCAGCACCAGGCACAGCAGAACCACACAUCCUAGCAGCACUAGAGUCUUCUUGCAGCGGACUUUGUUUAAGACCACCCCGAUGGACAAGCGGCCGAAGAUCUCGGCCACAGCCAUCACUGAGAGCAUGUAAGAGGCCAUGCCAGGGUCUACUCCUUUGCUCUUGCUGAGCUCAAUAACGUAGAGCUGCGGGGCAAAGAAGCCCAGUGUGGCAAACAAACCAAAGAGGGAGUACCAGAUGAAGGCACAGUCUUUAAGCACUGAGAAGUCCAGGAGCUUAGGGCUGGAGGGCUGAAGAGGACCUGCCUCUGCCUCCACAAGUUCUUUGUCAUUCUUCUCCUUGAUUGGGGUCGGCUCCUGGUCCACUUUGUCCUGUGCUGCCCACUCCUUCAGUGCCUUACUAUCUGCCCCUGCAGUCCUCAGAUCUACAUUUGACCCAGAGAGAGAUGUGACACCAGAGUCCUCGGACCUCCUGGAGCCCCCUGAACUGAUGGAGGUUCUGGUUUGUUCAUUCUCUAGCUCAUAGGCACUCUGAAGUUGCUUCAAACAGAGGGACUCUUCUUCAGAUUCUUUGUCCUCUUUUACAGGUUCGGGUACAAUGAUUAUUGGACGUAGAAAAACUCCACAGCCAAUCACAGAAGCCUGGAUAACGCCAAGGAUGACCAGACAAUAGCGCCAGCCAAUGUGCUCCUUCAGUGCAGUGAAGGCUGUGGGGACAGGGUGGAGAAAGGUCUUCGUAUGAGAGUGGUCAUGAUCCACGUACAAGGUUCUCUAGACACCAGAACUACUUACAUAGAUACCAGGAUCAGAUUGUUAAGUGUACUAGUACUAACUGCAACUGACAUGAAUUUUGAAUGACUGGUUUUUGAUGGUGUUGAUUG